UGGUGGUCUCUUGGUCGGUGGGCAGUGAGAUGCUGCAAAGUCCUUGAUCUCCAAGGGAGGACGAUCAUGUGACAUUGAUCUGCUCCCUCUCCCUGUAUCCCGCCUGCUCUCUGCUCUCUGCCGCGUGUCAUGGUCAGGGCCAUGCCACCCCACAGAAAUGGAAACCUCUCAGAGAUGCCUCUGCAGGAGUUCGUGCUGGAUGGAUUUGAGGGAGGUCCGCAGACCCAGGCCCUGCUCUUUGCCCUGUUCCUGGCACUGUAUGUGGUGGACGUCCUGGGGAACCUCACCAUGAUCGUGCUCAUCACCCUGGAUGCCCGUCUGCACUCCCCAAUGUACUUCUUCCUCAAGAACCUCUCCUUCCUAGAUUUGUGCUACUCAUCUGUCAUCUACCCCAAGGCCCUGUUUGACUUAAUGUCAUCAACCAAGGUCAUCACCUUAGGGGGAUGUGCCACCCAGUUCUUCUUCUUCUCCCUGCUCAUCACCACUGAGGGAUUCCUCCUGGCAGUGAUGGCCUAUGACCGCUUUGUGGCCAUCUGCAGCCCCCUGCGCUACCCCAUCUCCAUGCGCCCCUCGGUCUGUGCCCGCCUGGUGCUGGGCUGCUACUGCGGGGGCUGCCUCAACUCCAUCCUGCAGACCAGCUUCACAUUCAGCCUCCCGUUCUGCAGCUCCAACCACAUCGACCACUUCCUCUGUGAUGUCCCUCCAUUGCUCAAACUCGCCUGUGCUGACACUACCAUCAAUGAGCUGGUCAUGUUUGGCAUCUGUGGCCUCAUCAUCGUGGGCACCACACUCGUGGUCCUCAUCUCCUACGGCUACAUCACAGGGACCAUCCUGAGGAUGCGCUCAGGAGGAGGGAGACACAAGCUCUUCUCCACCUGCGGCUCCCACAUGACAGCCGUGUCCCUCUUUUACGGGACCCUUUUUGUCAUGUAUGCCCAGCCGGGAGCUGUGGAGUCCAUGGAGCAGGGCAAGGUGGUCUCUGUCUUCUACACCCUGGUCAUCCCAAUGCUCAACCCCCUCAUCUACAGUCUGAGAAACAAGGAUGUGCAGGAUGCCCUGUGGAGACUGGGGCAGAAACACACAGCCACGUGAAGGAGGGUGACUGGAGAGGCUGGUUGUUCCGAGACGGGACAAGAGGGCUCUGGGAGAAGUACAGGCUUUGGUUUGAGGAAUUCAUUCCUCAUUCAUCUGAUUCGUUUUUUUCAUCCAAACUUUCAUUCAACCCUUCGUAGGAG